UGACGACGAACGCAUUCAAGCCUGUUUAGUUCACUGUUAUCCCACAGGUAACAGUGCAGAAUAAAAGUUUUUUGCGAUUUUCGUAAAGUACUGUAAGGCUAAAAUCAAAAACUCAGAUGCCGCGGGCGAAGUUCAAUACAUCCAGAAGAAUUCACUUAUUGAAUCGGCCAAGGGCGACUCGAGCUAUCCUCAUCAAAGAUGAUACAUUGUGGCUCUAUGCUGUCCUUCACCCAAUGUUUGGUUCGUAGAAAAAUUGUAACCCUGAGUGGCCUUGAAGAAUCCAAGCUAUGCCGCUGUUUGACCACCAUAGACUUGAUAGCACUGGGAGUUGGCAGCACUCUCGGCGCUGGUGUUUAUGUUCUAGCUGGUGAGGUUGCGAAAUGGGAUUCUGGGCCCAGUAUUAUCAUCUCUUUCCUAAUUGCAGCAUUGGCUUCAGUGAUGGCGGGGUUGUGUUAUGCAGAGUUUGGAGCACGUGUUCCAAAGACUGGUUCUGCGUAUUUAUACAGUUAUGUGACUGUUGGUGAACUCUGUGCAUUCAUCACAGGCUGGAACUUAAUUCUUUCUUAUGUCAUUGGUACGUCAAGUGUUGCCAGGGCAUGGAGUGGUACCUUUGAUGAACUUCUUGGCAAACAGAUUGGAAUUUUUUUUGGCACGUACUUCAGUAUGAAUUCACCAGGACUGGCAGAAUACCCUGACUUCUUUGCCGUGUGUCUGAUAUUAAUAUUAUCAGGUCUUCUAUCGUUUGGUGUAAAGGAGUCUGCAUGGGUCACCAAAAUAUUUACAGCCAUCAACAUAGUGGUCCUUCUAUUUGUUAUGAUAACGGGGUUUGUGAAAGGAGACCCUGAGAACUGGAAGAUCAGUGAGGAGUCUCUCAUAAAUGUCACAGCAAUCAUAAGCAAUUUGUCAUCUGCAGAGAAUGUCACCAGCAUUUAUGGUGUGGGUGGUUUUACACCAUAUGGAUUAAGUGGAACAUUAGCUGGUGCUGCUACCUGCUUUUAUGCCUUUGUUGGAUUUGACUGUAUUGCUACUACAGGCGAAGAGGUGAAAAAUCCCCAAAAGGCUAUUCCCAUAGGAAUUGUGACUUCACUUUUGGUGUGCUUCCUGGCUUACUUUGGAGUUUCAGCUGCACUGACCCUCAUGAUGCCUUACUACUUGCUGGAUGCUAGAAGCCCACUUCCUGUUGCCUUUGAGUAUGUCGGCUGGGGCCCUGCAAAAUAUCUGGUGGCUGUGGGAUCUCUCUGUGCUUUGUCAACAAGUCUGCUUGGUUCCAUUUUCCCCAUGCCUCGCGUAAUCUAUGCUAUGGCUGAAGAUGGGUUGCUUUUCAAAGUUUUAGCCCGCAUCAAUUCUAAGACGAAGACUCCAGUUGUUGCUACAAUGUCAUCAGGUUUGGUCGCAGCUAUCAUGGCAUUUCUCUUUGACCUGAAAGCCUUGGUGGAUAUGAUGUCUAUUGGAACACUCCUGGCAUACACUCUUGUAGCAGCAUGUGUACUCCUCCUCAGGUAUCAGCCAACUUCACUCUACAGACAAAGUCAUUCUUCUGAAAGAGAGAACUUCACAGCCGAGGAAGACGGUGAAUUAGAUGGCAAUGCAUCAGAGUCCCAUCUGACCGUGCUCAAGAAUCAAGACCUCAGCUGCUCAUUGCUGCUGAAUCCCUCAAUGGUUCCAACAGAACAGACUUCAGCAGUGGUAUAUGGAUGUGUUGGGUUCAUAACUGUUACCAUUUGUGCAUUGAGCGUGCUGAUUACUUAUGGCAAUGAAGCAAUACUUUCCCUGGUGCCCUGGAGCAUUGGUCUUCUUGCAGCAUUCCUGCUCGUGUUCGGUGUCAUUGUUUUCAUCAUCACAAAGCAACCUCAAAAUCAGACGAGAGUGGUAUUCAUGGUGCCACUCUUGCCAUACCUGCCUAUUCUCAGCAUCUUUGUCAAUAUCUACUUAAUGAUGCAAUUGAGUGGGGGCACUUGGAUCCGAUUCUCUAUUUGGAUGAUUCUUGGAUUUGCAAUCUACUUUGGUUAUGGCAUCAGGCACAGCAAGGAAGGUCACCAUGAUAAUGAAUCAGUGCAGAGUGAAACUGAGAACACGAAAAAUGUAGAAGGAAUGGAUGACAAUGAAAUGCCAACUGAACUUGACCAAUUUAUUUUGCAUGAAAAGACAAGUGAAUGUUAAUUUAAAGAGCAAUAUGGUGUGCUGUUUGCCACAUCAGACAUAUUUGUGUUUUCAUGAGCAGUGAAGCUAUAUUGACUUUGGUCUCAGAAUUAUGUCAAAGCUCUGUACAGGGUCAAUUUGUACCAACAAAAUAAUGUUUUUUGCAACAGAUCAUCUGAGCUUGCUUAUGCAGGAACUGAGUGUGUUCACUGAUUAUUUGCAAGUAGAUCUAUGCCCUGUUUAGUGUCACCAUGAUUGAUUUAAUCAUCAAAAUAAUGAGUGAAAAGCUAACUAUUUUUACCCAUAACAAAAGGAUUUUGGCUAUGAGAAAAGACUAAUUACUGGGAUAUGAGCAACAGUGUAUGAUUUUCAUUUCCAAUUUGUGAUACAUUGUUUUUCUAAUAAACCAUAAAAAACUUUUAAACAUUUGGCAUGUGAAAAUUUUUUAUUACUGUCCCUUAGAUCUAUAAUUAUUGUAUUUUAUUGAAUUAUUCUAUGAUUGAUGAAACAUUCAUUCACAAUGUAGGGUAUGCGAAUAAUCCAGUUACAGGGCCUUACUAAACUACUUUUUGCAUGUAGUUUUUCUUUUAAAGAGUUAAAUCAAAAAGAGACUCCUUACGAAGUAAUUAGGUUUAGAAACAGAAAUGGAGGGAUGAGAGAGCAGAAAGUGUAAGAUUUUUUUUCAUUUACUAAACUCAGGAAUAUGCUACUCUAAGUCAAUUAAACAUUUGGUACUCUAAAACAUUUAAUCCUCUAAUAACUUACUUAACUGCAAAUACUUUGUGGGCACUAAACCUUAAUAUUAGAUCUUUCUAGGGCAAAAUGGUUUAUAUUUUUUAAAAAAAUGUAUCAGGUAUAUCUGAAAAUGAGAACCAUACAUACCUCUAAACUAAACAAGCUAUCAAGCUGUACAAAAAUGUUUACUGUGUAAAAGGUUUAGUGUUGAUAAAUCCUUACAAGGGAUGCUUCUAUCUAUUCUGUGGUGCUAUAUUUUUGUUUGUGAAACACCUGAUUAUAAGUCACCUUCAUAUGAUGAAACAAAAAAAAUGUGAAAUACCUGCCUCCUGCUUAUGUGGUGAUCAGUUUAUGUAAUUUCCAGUCUUAAAACCAAGAAAUGAGUUCAAGGGUAUUCAGUUUUGUCCACCUCACUUAAAAUUGUUUUAACAAUUCUGACAUACCUAGUGGUGUGGAAUAAUGACAUGGUUCAGGAAAAGUUCAUUGAUUUUUUUGACUCCUGAUAUCUACAAUCAAGACUCUUAUCAAUAAAAGGAUGAUGAUAAGAGGGAUACUUUUGAUUUAUUGAUGCUGAGAAAUUAAUUUUUACAUGUAACAUAUUCAAUCAAAUAGCAAUUUCGUACAUUUAGUGUAAAACAUUUCAAAUAAAACAUGCAAGUAAUUUUUACUUUUGACAUAGAUAGUUAACUACUGCUUGCUGCAUAUUAUUAGCCAUGUCUAAUUUCACCAGGCAUGUGUGGUGGAUGGCUGAUCCACUACUACGCUUUUACAAAAAAGUGAAAGUUACCCUUAGCCUUUGUUGAGAUGUAACUGCCUAGAAAUCCAUCCACUAUCAAUAGUGCUAAGCAUAACAUCACUGUAUUUCACUCUUCCCUCUGAAAUUUAUUCCACUGACUUCAGUGGAAUGGAAGGAGAAUACCAUGUAUUUAUUAUGUAUGGAUACCAUUUAGUGGUGUUGAUCAGGGGUGAAUUUCUAGGCAGAUGUCUUCCAGUUUACACCGAUUUAAUGCAUUCAAAGUUCCUAGAUAUAGUUCAGGUGGCCAUAUGUACUAGAGGGAGGAAUAUGAGGGUGACUAAAUCACACAUACAGUGAAGAAUUUCAAAGGAUCCUGACCAAAUUCAAAUAUUUUCAAAAUUAGUCUCCACCUGUUUCACAAUGUGAUUAAAACUGUUGUCAAUUGCAACAAUUAUAGUUAAUAUUGGCAGGAUUUUCAAGAGAUGGUGAAAAGUAGAUACUGAUGUAAUAGGACAUUAAAAGUACCGUUUUCACUGCUCAUUAUGCUAAAACACAAAAUAUGCUGGGGGAAAAAAAGCUUAAAUUCAUUUUAUUUUCCCAAAUUAAUCGACUAGUUUCAUUUGAAAAAUUAAUGAAGCAUUAAAGAAACUGAUUUAUAAAUAAUUAUAAUUAAUUCAAAAUGAUAUUUAAUUACUACUUGUACAAUAGAGCAUUAUUUUUGUGUAUUUUGAUGAUUUACAGUUUAUGGAGCCAUUUCAAGAAGAUAGCAAGAUUAUUUUAUGCCAGUCUUCAUUGUGAAAGAUUUAGAUUAGACAAACAUUGGCCAAAGCAGAUUUUGAAAGAAUCCUUUAAUUGGUGAAGAAGCAUUAGUAAGUUUAUUGUAUAUAUGAUGUAGAUUUAUUUCAAUUUAACUAUGCAGCUGAGAACUCUUUCCCUGCUUUUGCAAAGGGGUGCCUGUUGGUAUAUUCCAACAAUUCUUCCUGUGGUGCGCUCCAUUCUCAGUCAGGUCAUCAGAAAAAGUAGAAGGGAAGGGCCACACUAGAUAAUAGGAAGGGAGAAAGGUAUAAAAGCAUUGCUGUUAAACUUACUUGUUAGGACAUUGGAAUACUAGUAACAGCAGCCUGUGAACAGUUUAAUUACCUGUUCUGUGGGCUGGACCUAGCAUAUCACAUAGGGGAAGAACUUUAAGAUUAACAAGAUAUUUAAAAGUAUUUGAAGUAUAUCUUUUUUAUUAAUUUAAAAGAUGUCACUAAAGUAGCUGACAAGGCCAGCAUUUAUUGCCCAUCCCUCAAUGCUUUUGAAAAGUUUAUGGUGAACCAACUUCUCAAACCAGUGUAGCCCUGAUGGUGAGAUCCAGGAUUUAGACCCAACAAUAUAUUUCCAAGUCAGCAUGGUGUAUGACUUGAAGCUUGUAGGUAGUUGUGUUCUUGUAUACUUGCUGCCCUUGUUCCUCUUGGUGCUAGAGAUUAUGGGUGUAAGAAAUGCCUUUGGUUAGGUGAGCAAUAGGUGGAUCCAAGUGAGGAGGGAUGAUAAGCAGAUGGCAAAGGUUUCAAGGAUUCAGGAGGUGAGCCAUUCACUGUGAGAUCCCAUCUUCUGCUUUGCCCUAUUGUCACCAAAUAACUAUGGGCUGCUCCAGUUUAGUUUCUGGUCUAUGGUAUGUUGAUAGUAGGGCAUUGUACAAUGGUAAUGUCAUUGAAUUUCAAGGAUAGGUGGUUAGUCUUUGUGUUGUUGGACAUGGUCAUUGCUUGGCAUUGGUGUAGCAUAGAAAUUACUUGCCUGAAUGUUUUCCAUGUCUUGCUGCAUGCAGGUCUGGACUGCUUCAUUGACAGAGGAGUUAUGAUUAGAAUUGAACAUUAUGCAGUCAUCAGUGAACAUACCACUUUUGACCUUGUAAUAGAAGGAAAGUCACUGAUGUAAAAACUCUGUCAAAAAGUCUACUGAAUUAGUUAUUUUGUAAUCUGGUAGUUUAGUGGUUAGCAUAACGCUAUUACAGCACCAGCGACCUGGGUUCAAUUCCAGCUGCCAUCUGUAAGGAGUUUGUAUGUUCUCCCAGUGUCUGCGUGGGUUUCCUCCCACAUUCCAAAGACGUAUGGGUUAGGAAGUUGUGGGCAUGCUACGUUGGCACCGGAAGUGUGGCAACACUUGCAGGCUGCCCCCAGAACACUCUACGCAAAAGAUGCAUUUCACUGUGUUUUGAUGUACACUAAAAGAUAUCUCUUAAACCAUCCAAAACACUCCCAAAGAACUGAAUAGAGCCAAAUAUGAACUAAAAAUGAAAUAUUACUUCCCAACCAAAAGCCUUUAUAUAUCUUGUAUAAUUUUGAAACAAUAUUACUUUUAAUAAUUAUUCAAAUUAAAAGAGACUUGUCCCAUACUCUCAGUAUCAUAGUAGAGUGAUGUACUGUUCUGUGAAUUAACACAAUCUAGCUAAUCUACAAUUUGCAUAGUAACCUCUUGUAGGUGUUAGCCAUCCAAUAUGCAAAUAUUGAAUGGGCUAUGCAAAUGCCAGGCCUUUAGUUUUGUCAGAUAGCUGCAUCAGGGGAUUGAAACAUGUAACCAUUUAAAUAUAACAGCAUGCCCCCUCUCUUUCCCACCCCCCCACCCCCCAACUCUACCCUAGUAAAUUAUUAGGACUCGGGCACAUAAUCUGGUAAAACACACAUUACAAUUUUUUGUUGAGUUCUUGAAGUAAUCCUUUAAAAUCCUAAAAAGCAAUCAAUAUUUUUGUGAAGACAGUUCUAAAUUGUGAAAUUUAGGAAUGCUUUGACCCACCAUUUUUCCUGCAGACGAUAUUGAUUCUGCCAAGUCAUACUCAUCGUCUCUACUUAACUCUUCAGUGAAGGGUUUGUAUAACUCCAGUCCCCAAAGAAAAGUUAGCUGUAGCAGUUAAAGAUCCUCAAAUUUUUAGUAAUUUGGAAAUAUUUUUAAAUUGUAUUAAAGUUGCAUUUUUAUUGUGCAGAAAGAUACUCAAUUGCACAAAUAUUUCAAGCUGGUUUCAAAAAUGUUUAUUCGGAUGUUUUUGUUUUGAAGAAUAAUUUAUUUGUUCAUAUAUAUUAACCAGUAUUUUACAUUUUUUUAAACUUUUCUUAUUCCCUCCAUUCUCGCGUUCAGAAUUGAGUGGCAGAAGGUUAUUGAUCACUGUCUUCAGAUAGAGGUAUUGCCAGUGACAGGGCCUCCAAACACCUCAGCUUAAUUUUUAGAACUGUGUCAAACCCUCUAUUUCUCCUUCCACUAAAUCCUCCAUCUUUUCACUUCUGGAAAGCUCCAUCUUUGGUGUCAGAAAUCAACAAUAAGUUGGCACCUUUGGGAGGAAAGACCAUCUUCAGGGCAAGAAUUCAGAACUAAGACUUUAAUUUUUUAAAAAUUGUUUUCUUUUUUCACCACAUGGAAAUCAUGGAUCAAAUCAUUCCUAGCAGAGAUUGUAAAUUAUGAUCUUGAUGAAAGUUGAUCUUGAGAAUCUCCCUAAUUGGGUGUGCUCAUCAGGGUACUGUUAUGAAGUGGUAGGGGAGUAGUAUUCUGACUGGAUAAGAUCCCACACCUAUAAGAGGCCUCUGCAGUCUAUUGUUGAAGGUCAUUACCUGAGGGGAAUCAAUCAUUAAAGUUGUCCUGAGGAAGGGAAAAGGCAUGUGUGUGGGGAAAGUACCAAAAGCAGUUAAAUGGCAAGGAGGAAAAUAGAAAAGGGUCUGAUUUUUUUUACUUCAGGAUAUCCCAAACCAUUUAAAGCCAAUGAAUUAUUUCUGAAGUGUUAGAAAAACUGUCAAACAUUUUGAUCACAGCAAGGUCAUAGGAGAACAAACUUGCAUAGUGCCAUGAAAUUGUUUCUCGAAGACAGCAUCCCUUAAAAUGCAACCGUCCCUUUCCACCACCCCCCAACCCCCUCGCACCCAAUGUCAACCUAGAUUUGUUGCUCAGGUUUCUGGAAUGAAGCCUCAGCCUAUAAACUUCAGAUCCACUGACAUAACACUGAACCAAUUUUGCCACCUGCAAUUAUUAGUCAAACAGGAAUUGCAGGCUCCAUCCCACAAUGUGUUACUGCAGUGAAGGAAAAAGCAAAUUCUACAACUGGUUUCAGUAUCUAAGGUUUAAUAAGAAAUUUGAUCUGGGUUUCCAUUUAACAACCUUUACUAGAAGCAUGUAUACAUCUGAUAAGAAUUCAUACAAACUUGUCUAUGAUUCUCCUGUAGUCAAAUAGGUUGCCACUACUGUGACGUCUGAUAUUCUUGUCCACCUUAAAAUCUAGAAAAUUGCUGGAAAUAUUAAAAACAAAAUGCUGGAAGUAUACAGCAGACUUGUCAGCAAUGGCAAAAAAAGAGAGGUUAUUUAGGUUUCUUUCCUGCCUUCUUAGCACAGAAUCUGAUGGAAUUGCUAUUUCCAGAACUACUGGUGACUGACUGAGCAUAGUAUCUGUGAGUGCCAGGGUGAUGCAUCUCUCAGGAGGUUCAAUGCCUUCAGCAUACUGGGACUGUGAAUAGUCCUACAAUAAUUAAAAUGGCUUCAUUUGCUGGCUAACUUGGAAAGUUUUCUUUAAAAAUUAGCUGAAUAUUUAAACUAUUUACAUCUAUCCAUAGAGACAAACUGUUGAAAUAAUUUAUUUUUAUAAUUUAUAAAACUUAGCUGUAAUAUUGACAAAAAGGAUAAAAUUACCUCCCUAAUAAAGAUAUUUAAAGAUGGUAUAUCCAUGGUGGAGAUAAUGAAAAAUUAAUGUGCUCAAUCAAUGUACUUUGAAGAAUUUGUACACAUAUUCUUAUUCUACUUAACAAAUGUGUACUACUUUGUAAUAAAAUUAGCAUCCUGUAU